UGUGGGGACAGAAAUGGCAUCAGCUGAUGGAAACACUCAGACAUAUAAAAUGAUGUCUUUAGACCACGACAUCAACCAACACUUCCAGGAUGCAAUCGAUGUAAUUCAGCAGCAUUCACAUAAUUCAUACUAUGACCCAGAAUAUGCAUAUUAUGAGACUCUGGGCCCCAUGCAGUGUCAGAUCCCCUGCUGUGUUGUCACACACCAGUCUGACGUUCCAACGCCGGUGUAUGAAUGGACUGACACAACUCAGUCCUGGCCUCAGGUCAUGCCGAAUGUCUCCAUGAGUCACUCUGUGCAAAAUGAACCCGCGCACUCCUACACCAUCAUACCGCCUCAGAGGAACAGCAAAGGUCGCAAGAAGCUCAGACUUUACGAAUACCUCCACGAAGCCCUGAAUGACCCCAACAUGGGCGACUCAAUCCAGUGGACGGACAGCGGCAGCGGAACCUUCCACUUUGUCUCCAAGAACAAGGAGAAGCUGGCCGAGUGCUGGGGUCAGCGCAAGGGCAACCGCAAGACCAUGACCUACCAGAAGAUGGCCAGAGCCCUGAGGAACUACAGCCGCACAGGUGAGAUCGUCAAGGUGCGGCGCAAACUCACCUACCAGUUCAACCCAGACAUCCUGCACAAGCUUUGCUCUGCACAGGCGCCCCUGCACCUGCCCUGCCGCCUGCAGGAGGAGGCCCGCGCCGCACAGCAGCAGAACCCGGCCGAGCAGAGCUACUGCCACUCUGAAGCCGCAGACUGGCAGAGCUGGUGCGUGCACUACCAGAUGCAGGAAAACUAUGACCUGGUCUCCAGCUUCACCUCACACACCUCGACUAAACUCUGAUCUGAGAGGGACGAGAGGGAAUUAAAUAAAAUGUUUAAGACUCAAAAUUUCUGGAUCCGUUUUCAUAUGUUGUAACUGUUAACAUUAACUGCUUCAGAAAUAAAAUCCAGUUAUUUCAGCUAUUUGUGUAAAUAAUCUGUGACCAUUAAUUUAAAACAGUUAAGAGAUAUUUAGGUAAGAGCUUCCCCUGUCUAGCUGUAAAUAACAUUUCUAAUGUACACUUUAUUUUAACAUUUUGACAUUUGGAGAAAAAUCUGUCCUGGUCUUAGAGGUUUUCAGACGAGGACCAAUUUUUGGAUUCAUAUUCAGUCCUGGAUGUGUCAUAUAGUGUGUAUUUUGUCUCUUUGUGGGUUGAUUCUGUAAACUGUCCAUCCAAAUAAGUUGUUGUAUUAUUGUUGUUACAAGUUAUUUUUAGCCUUCCCAGGUUUAUAUGAAGGAAUUUCUCUGUAAAUGAGAUUUUUUUUUUUACAUUGAAGGUUAUAAUUCAAAGGCUCUUUACUUAAAAGAAACCACAAUUUAAAUGUAUGUAAAUAACCAUUUUUGAGCAUUUAUGUGGGCUUUACAGCUGAUGCCGUUACCGCCAUCAUGUUGUAAAACAUGAAUUUCAUCAUUCCGCCUUUCCUGUAAAACAGAAAAUAAGCAGCCGCUUAGCAGGUGCUUGAGUUUAAAGCUUAACUGUAGAUCUUUGUUCAAAUUAACAUUAUUUAAAAAAAAAGACUGUAUAAAUCCCUUUUAGUUGAAUAUUUGUGUUUCAGCUACUUUACUCUAAAAUAUACAAAUGUAUGUUUAAAUGGAUGUUAAAAAAAAUGUAAAACAUGUUAAAUUUCACAGAUCAGACAGCAGAGUUUCAAUUAUAACUGCAUUUAUUAAUGAAAAUAGUUAUCUAAGUCUUGUUUAUAUGUUUCCUCUGCCUUGCACCAGUGAUAAGCAUUUUCCACACAAAUUGAGUUGGGGUGUUUUUUUUAUAUAUUGCUAAAGAAAAAUGUCUGUUUUUACUGAAUGUAAUUUUUUUCAUGAAUGUAUAGAUUUAUUUUCUACUAUGCCUUUUUUCAUUUGUUGUAUAUAAAUCUCUUCAA